CCUCCCCCUCCCCCUCUUUCUUCUCCUCCCUCGUCGCCGCCUCCGCCGCCGCCGCCGCCUCAGCCUUCGCCUCGGCCGCCGCCGCCGCCCGCUCCCGCCCGCGCGCGGCGGGAUGGACGAUCAAUCCAGGAUGCUGCAGACUCUGGCCGGGGUGAACCUGGCGGGCCACUCGGUGCAGGGGGGCAUGGCCCUGCCGCCUCCCCCGCACGGCCACGAAGGGGCGGACGGCGACGGCAGGAAGCAGGACAUCGGCGACAUCCUCCACCAGAUCAUGACCAUCACCGACCAGAGCUUGGACGAGGCGCAAGCAAAGAAACAUGCCCUGAACUGUCACAGAAUGAAACCCGCGCUCUUCAGCGUCCUAUGUGAGAUCAAAGAGAAAACAGGUCUCAGCAUCAGAGGAGCCCAGGAGGAGGACCCUCCCGAUCCCCAGCUAAUGAGACUGGACAAUAUGCUUUUGGCAGAAGGGGUUUCAGGUCCUGAGAAAGGUGGGGGAUCGGCGGCAGCAGCUGCAGCCGCGGCAGCCUCUGGAGGUUCUUCAGAUAACUCUAUUGAACACUCAGAUUACAGAGCCAAAUUGACCCAGAUCAGACAAAUCUAUCACACAGAACUGGAGAAAUAUGAACAGGCAUGUAAUGAAUUCACUACACACGUGAUGAACCUUCUCCGAGAGCAGAGUAGAACACGUCCCAUUUCCCCAAAAGAGAUUGAAAGAAUGGUGGGCAUCAUCCAUCGAAAAUUUAGUUCCAUUCAGAUGCAGCUCAAACAAAGCACUUGUGAAGCAGUUAUGAUUUUAAGAUCAAGGUUCCUUGAUGCCAGACGAAAAAGGCGUAACUUCAGUAAACAGGCCACAGAAAUCUUGAAUGAAUACUUUUACUCACACCUCAGCAACCCCUACCCCAGUGAAGAAGCCAAAGAGGAGCUGGCCAAGAAAUGCAGCAUCACAGUGUCACAGGUAUCCAACUGGUUUGGCAACAAACGAAUCAGGUACAAGAAGAAUAUCGGCAAGUUUCAGGAAGAAGCCAAUCUCUACGCUGCAAAGACAGCCGUGACAGCUGCACACGCGGUGGCCGCAGCCGUGCAGAACAACCAGACCAACUCGCCCGCCACGCCAAAUUCUGGUUCUUCUGGUUCUUUUAACCUCCCAAAUUCUGGGGACAUGUUCAUGAACAUGCAGAGUCUGAAUGGGGAUUCUUACCAAGGGUCCCAAGUCGGAGCCAAUGUGCAAUCACAGGUGGAUACCCUCCGUCAUGUUAUCAAUCAGACGGGAGGCUACAGUGAUGGCCUUGGAGGAAACUCACUGUACAGUCCACAUAAUUUAAAUGCUAAUGGAGGCUGGCAGGACGCAACAACUCCAUCUUCUGUGACUUCUCCUACAGAAGGCCCAGGAAGUGUGCACUCUGAUACCUCUAACUAAUCUCUGGCAACACUUUUCCCUGAGCUGCCAUGCCUUGAUAAGUGCAUUCAGAGCAAUAGGAGGAAAAGGAAAGCGUUUUUGUAGCCCACCAUCUACAGCUUUACUGUAAAACCUUGUCUUAUUAGAGAACUUGGUAAAUCUGUUUUUUAAGGAAUCAUAAUCAUUUGUAUUUAUACUUAAAAACACACAAUGUUAAAAAAGCACUUUAUCCAAUUAGGCCAAGAUUUAACAUUGUUGACAGUCCUAUAGCUAUUUUAUCAUAAUUUAUUAUCAAUAUUUUACAUUAAUGGUUUCUCACUUGCCAAUUACUUGGCCUUAAGGGUAAAAAGUACAAUAUAUGCUAAACCUCAAUCGCUAAAGCAGAUACAAAGACUCACCUCACCUAAAUUGAACUUCUUGCAUAUUUCCAUUGCAGACUUUGAUUGUCCUUCUUUCAUAUCACUAAUGGAGUUGGAAUAAAGGAGCUGUUUGGCUACCUGUUAA